AUGAUACAAAAAAUAAAAAAAAAUGAAUUAAUUUUUUUUUUUUUUAUUAAGGUAAAGGAUGUAUCUUUCAUCAGUAACUCAAAAUUUCAUAUCGAUGUGAUCAUAUCAAGUCGUAAUGAAGGAAAUCAUUCUAGGCAACCUCUUAAAGUCAUCAGAACAAAGAAAAAUAAAUUUCAACCUGCUUGA